AUAAAAGGAAUAAAGGGUGAGAGUGGUCCUUAAACAAUGAUGAUGGGGUGGCUUCAAACCAACAAAUCUUCCCAAAUCAGGAAACUCUCAUCCUCCUUUGCCUUCUCAGAGAGAAAACAAACGCCAAUCUCAAAGAACCUCUCAUGGAAGGCUCUGUCAAUGAACGUCUUGAUUUUGGGAAGAUGGGAUAUGGGUGCAAGCAUUAUAGGAGAAGAUGUAGGAUUCGUGCUCCCUGUUGCGUUGAGAUCUACUCAUGCCGUCAUUGUCAUAACGAGGCAGCGGUAUUUCGUAGCAUGUUGAGGAAUCCCUUUGAUCGCCACGAACUCGUUCGCCAAGAUGUUAAACAAAUUGUUUGUUCAGUUUGUGACACUGAGCAGCCAGUUGCACAAGUUUGCACAAACUGUGGCGUCAAAAUGGGAGAAUAUUUCUGCAACAUCUGCAAAUUCUUCGAUGAUGAUACAGGGAAACAACAGUUUCAUUGUGAUGAUUGCGGGAUCUGCAGGGUUGGUGGGCGAGAGAAUUUUUUCCACUGCAACAAGUGCGGGUCUUGCUAUUCAGUUAGUCUCCGCGAUAAUCAUUUAUGUGUCGAGAACUCCAUGAGGCAUCACUGUCCCAUUUGUUAUGAGUACCUUUUUGACUCGUUGAAAGACACUGUUGUUAUGCAAUGCGGUCACACAAUGCACUGUGAAUGUUACCAUGAGAUGAUAAAACAUAACAAGUUCUGUUGUCCCAUAUGCUCCAAGUCGGUGACUGACAUGUCUAGGACUUGGAAGAGAAUUGAUGAAGAGAUUGAAGCAACGGUCAUGCCUGAAGAUUAUCGGUACAGGAAGGUUUGGAUACUAUGUAAUGACUGCAAUGACACAACCGAAGUUUACUUCCACAUUCUUGGGCAAAAAUGCGGUCACUGCAGUUCAUAUAAUACCCGGGCAAUUGCACCUCCAGUUCUUCCUCAAUGACCAGAUUCUUGUGGUCCAAGAAAGAGACGUUGCCUUGCAGAAAAUUAAAGUUAGCACCCAUGUUAUUGUAGAGUGUUAUUGAAUUAAUUCAGCAUAAGAGUAAUGGUCUAGAUAGUUUUCUAAGGCUGUUCUUCCUCCAACAUAUGGAGUGGGGUUGGUGUCUGCAUCAUUGGGCAUAGAUAUAAAAAUCUGUAUACUGUAAUACUGGGAAAAAUGUUUUCCCAUCAUGAACUGCUGGUAAUUGUGGUUUAUUGAUAUUGGAUGAUUGCCAUUGAAUUUAAUCAACAUGACUCAAGUGAUUAUCUCCUGGGAUACCUUCAUAAAAAUUCUUAAUGACGGCGUGUUUCAAAAUACAAUUUCAUGGGAUCAAAAAGAGUUCACUAUUGUAGCAGUGUACCUCCAGACUCCAGAGCGUAACAUUUAUUUGAUGGAGAAUGAGUCUGUCCCCACUUAGUGGGAUAAACUAUGAUUGAU